AUGUUUCAUAUGAAAUCUAUAUUCUAUUUGUUUUUUAUUCAUUGGAUUGUGGCUAUACCACAAAUCAAUCUUUAUUUUACAGAUCAAGUAAGCGAAAAUGAAAAUUAUGAUGAAAUUGGUAUACGAUAUAACUGUAUUCGACUUGCUUCAAAUAUGAAACAAGAAAAUUCUACACGAGAAAUCUCAUCUUAUUGUAUGAGUGAAUCAUCAUUAAAAUUUCAUAUUGAAAAUGAUAAUUCAUUUCAAACGUUUUCUUUUGCUAAACUUGCAAUAAUGAAUAUUACCAGUGAAGAUUUAUAUUUCUGGUCAACACCAAUUGAUAUUAUUGAACAAUAUCAAAUCUAUUUACUAUUAAAUGAUUCGUCUCUAGCAGAGCAAAUCUUUUAUAAUUGUACAUUACCAAGAUUUGGAUCAAUGUGCCAAUAUGAAUUCUAUUAUUAUCAUGAAAAUUAUUCAUCAUUACAUGAAAUGAUUCAUGAAUAUUAUAAGCAAUAUUCUGAUGAGACAACUAAUCUAACUUGUUAUAAACAUUUGAAAUGCAACCGCGGUCAUUCACCGGCAUGUUUAGAUUGGACAGAAAUUUGUGAUGGUAAAGUUGAUUGUCUUGAUGGAGAAUACGAUGAAGAACAUUGUUGGGAACUUGAAUUUAAUGAAUGUAAACCAAAUGAAUAUCGAUGUUAUAUUGGACAGUGUAUACCAAACGAAUUUGUUGAAGAUGAUAUUUAUAAUUCUGAUUGUAUUGACGAAUCUGAUGAAAUUGCCAAAGAAUCUAAUAUUUUAGAAUCAUAUUUUCCAGUCGAACCAGCAUUUGGAAGAGAUGAUACGAUCUGUCGAACUACGUUUGUGACAAGUUCUUGUAUAUAUUCGCGUAGACUACCAUUAAUGCAAUCGAUGUUUUCAAUUAAAGAUAAUAAUGUAUCAGAUGAAUGUUGGUCAGCUUAUAAAUGUUACUUUGCUAUUAAAACUGCAGAACAUCCAAAUAUAACUUUUGAUGUUAUCAACGAAGAGUGUAUGCCCAUUAUUAAAGAUAAGUGUCCAGAUAUGUUAUAUGUUCCUAAUAUUCCAGUUUUCUUUGGUCAUAUUUAUACAGCUUACAAGAAAAAUGAAUUAUCGCAUCCACAACGAACAGAACCACCUUAUUUAUGUUCGAAUAAGUCUUUUUAUGAUGAUUCACUUAGCUUAGUUUCAGAAACAUUGUCGAAUAAUACAAUGUGUUUUAAAAUUUCUCGAUUUACGUCUUGGCAAACAACCGGUACACCUAAUGUUAUUCAACGAUUUGGGAGAUCUAUGAAUGAUAUUUUUAGACAAAUCAGACAAAUUCAUUCGAUAAUUAAUUUUCCUCUUCAUCGAUGUAAUGAAUCUAAUUUCUAUCAAUGUAGAAAUUCAUCUAAAUGUAUUUCAUUUCAUCGUUUAAUCAAUGGUGUAACUGAUUGUCCUUAUAAUGAUGAUGAAAAUAUAUAUGAAGAUACAAAUCCUAGACUAUUUGCACAAGUAAAACACAAAUAUUACAAAUGUCACGUCACCAACAAAUAUAUUACUCAAUCAGAAGUUUUCGAUGAAAACUGUAAUUGUGGAGAUGACGAACACGGUUUCUGUGAAGAUCAGAAUAAAUUCACAAAUUUUACUCGAAGAACUAUAUCUUUUCAGACAAUUUGUGAUGGUUUCCAGGAAUUAUAUCCAAUAACGAUAGAUGGAAAAAAUCAAACAGAUGAAACUGAAUGUAAACAAUGGGAAUGUGAUAAUAUGUAUACUCAUUGUGAUAAAAUAUGGAAUUGUUUAGAUGGUAAAGAUGAAAUGAAUUGUGAUUCUUCAUUACCACCAUUACUUAAUUGUUCGUUGGAUUAUCGAAUGUGUGUAUUAUCAGAUACAUACCAGUUGAUAUGUUUAUCAGUUAAUAGAGUUAAUGAUGGUAUAAUCGAUUGUCUUGGUGGUACUGAUGAACCAACAUUAUGUCGACCUCCUUAUAAUAAUUUACAUGGAGGAUUUUAUUGUCUGAAUGAGGUCCGUAUACCAUGUCUCAAUUCUAAUUAUUUAUGUACAGAUACUGCAUGGUGUUUUAAUAACGAAGACGAACAAUUUUGCCAACGAAAUCGAUCAUUUGAAAUGUACUCUGGCAUUUGCGACGAUGAAUAUAUAUCGUUCGGUUCUGAUGUUGAAAAGUUCUUAUGUGAUAUUACAAAGGAAUACACCAAAGAAAGAAUAAAAUAUUUUAGAAUAAAUGGAUUCAACCAAUCAUUUGAAAAUGAAGUAAAUGAAAAUCAACAAUUUAAUACAAUAUGGACAGAUAACGAUCAAGCACUAUCACUCCUUGGUGAUCCUCGUUGUCAUCGUGGUCUUGAUUUACGUAUCUGGUUAAAUAAAUCAUCAAAUCUUAAUUCUACAAGUACAUGUCUUUGUCCACCAAGUUAUUAUGGCAAUCAAUGUCAAUAUCAAAAUCAACGCUUAAGUUUAUCAAUAAGAUUCCACGUUUCAGCUCAAUCAAGACAAAUAUUAUUUGCAAUCUUAAUUAUGCUUAUUGAUAAUACAAAUCAACGAAUGAUUCAUUCAUAUGAACAAUUUACUUAUUCAUCUAUGCGAGAUUGUAAAGUUAAAUUUAAUGUUUAUUUAGUUUAUUCAACUCGACCAAAAGAUAUGAACAAAAAUUAUUCAGUACAUAUUGAUAUUUAUGAAAAACUUUCUCUCAAACAUCGAGGAAGUUUUAUUUAUCCUGUCGAAUUUUUAUUUUUACCUGUUCAUCGUUUAGCAUUUAUUAUAGAUAUUCCAUCAGAAGAUGAUUAUUCUUGUUCAAAUAAGAAGUGUCUUCAUGGAAAAUGUCUAAACUAUUUUAAUACAAAAGAAACAUUUUGUCAAUGUGAUCCAUUAUGGUCUGGACAAUAUUGUGAUAUUCCACAAAAUAAUUGUAAUUGUUCAUCCAAUUCAAUAUGUAUUGGUCGAGCGAGUGAUAAUCAAUCAAUAUGUAUUUGUCGAAAAGAUUAUUUUGGUUCUAAAUGUUACCUUCGCAAUCGAAUAUGUGAUAAUUCCCCAUGUCAAAAUAACGGGUUAUGUAUUCCACAUGAUGAUUUUAUGUUAAUAAAGAGUCAACAAUAUUUUUGUAUAUGUCCAAAAGGUUUUAGUGGAAGUCAAUGUGAAUUAAUUAAUACUCAAGUUGAUCUUAUAUUUGAUAAAGAUAUUCAUUUAUCUCAUUCAAUUUUUAUUCAUUUCAUAAAAAUUGUUCCAUUUGAUCAAACUGCAGAGAUUAUACCAAAAACUUCACCAGAAAGAUCAACAACUUUACAAACCAUAUCUCAGGCAACAAAUUCUAUUCGAAUUUAUUGGUCACAACCAUUUCAUCUAAUGUUUAUUGAAACAUUAGAAAAGAUGUAUUAUUUAACUGUUAUUCAACCAGUUCAUAAUUAUUCAACAAUAGUAAAAAGAAUUCAUUCAUCACAUCAUUGUCCAUCGAUCAAUAAAUUAGUUAAUGACACAUUUGCUCGACUUCAUGUUAUUCGUCGUAUGAAAUAUUAUCAUUUAAUAUGUCAAAAAUAUUCAUCAAAUUUAUUAUGUUUUCAUGAUGAUAUUCAUAUUUGCUUAUGUUAUGAUUAUCAGGGAAAACGUUUGGCAAAUUGUUUUAAUUUUAAUCAUCAAAUGAAAUUUGAUUGUUUUGGAAAAAAUUAUUGUGAACAUAAUGGCCAAUGUUUUCAAGACUCACCUAAUUGUCCUACACGAUCGAUUUGUGCUUGUCCUUCAUGUUAUUAUGGAACUCGAUGUCAAUUUACAACAAGUGAAUUUGGUUUAUCACUUGAUGCUAUUUUAGCUUAUCAUAUUAUUCCCGAUGCAAAUAUUUCUCGUCAAACAUCAAUUAUCAAAACAAGUUUAUCAAUAACAAUUUUAUUUAUGAUUUUUGGAUUAAUUAAUGGUAUUCUUUCAUUAAUUACAUUUAAGAAUGAAAGUGUACGUGAAGUUGGUUGUGGAAUUUAUUUAUUAGGUUCAUCAAUAACAACAAUAUUAACAAUGAAUAUGUUUGGAUUAAAAUAUUUUACUUAUCUUUUAACACAAAUCUCAACACCAUCCAAUAAAUCUUUUCUAACAUUUCAGUGUUAUUCAUUCGAUUUUCUUCUUCGAAUUUGUCUUAAUAUGGAUCAAUGGUUAAAUGCAUGUGUAGCAAUGGAAAGAGCAGUAACAAUUAUUAAAGGUGUUCAAUUUGAUAAGAAGAAAAGUAAAGAAUUAGCUAAAAAAGUUUUGAUUAUUCUUUUAAUUUUAAACAUUUUAACAUUAAUACAUGAUCCAAUUUAUCGACAGUUAUAUCACGAAGAAAAUGAUAAUGAUGAUAAUAAAACAAGAAUUUGGUGUAUCGUCAAUUAUUCUUCAAAAUUACAAAUUUAUAAUCGAAUUAUUAAUACAUUUCAUUUUUUCGUACCAUUUCUGAUUAAUCUUAUAUCGUCAAUUAUUUUAAUAGUAAAAAAAUCUGAUCAACAAUCUCAUUUUCACAAAGAUCGACCUUAUAAAAAUGUUUUACGUGAACAAAUUCGAGAACAUAAACAUUUAUUAAUUGCACCUGCGGUUUUAUUUCUUCUUGCAUUACCACGUUUAAUUCUUACUUAUUUAUCCAAAUGUAUGAGCUCAACAAAAGAUUCGUGGUUAUUUCUUUUUGGAUAUUUUAUUUCAUUUAUUCCACCAAUGAUUACUUUUAUUAUCUUUGUUUUACCAUCAGAAUUUUAUAAAAAAGAAUAUCAAAAAACAAUUGUACAAUAUAAAAAUCAGAUUCAACAACGUUUUCGUCGAACAAUUUAA